GAUUAACAACUAAACUUAAAAAUCUUGCAAAAAGUAUACAUGUUACAUUAACAUCUAAAUACCAACAAUAAUUAAACACUUAAAAUACACAAGUUAUAAAAAUGACUAUAAAAUGGCGACAGAAAUACAAAAACAGAAAAGAUAUGCAACAACGACAGCAGCAGCAAAAACAAUGUCAAAUGGAGCCAAAUGCAGUAAGGGCAACGUCAACGACAACAAUAUCAAUAACAACAACAAAAGCAAUAAGCCACAAUAACUAUCAAAAUAUAAAUAUAAACCAGAGCAGCAACAGAGAAAACAAAAACAAAAAGAAUGUGCAAGACGAUGUGGCAAACAUGAGCAAUUUAACUAAUGGUUUUAAAGUGCAGCAAAAACAACGACAACAAGAGCUGCAACAACAAAUAAACUUUAAGAACAAUUGUUUUACGAAAACAACUCCAACUACUUCCACUUGCAACACAACUACAACUCACACAACAGCAAUAACUACAGACACAUAUAAUAGCAUGGGAUGUAGUAACACAACAAUAGAACAACACAAUGUUAGUGAAAAACAAAAUCAAAUAGUACAGCUGCAACUCCAGGAAACCCAAAAGUUGCAACCAGAUUUUACAUUGAAACAAUGUGCCCCAUCAAUGGAUGUGAUAGAAAAUGCAAUAACAUUAAAAUGGCGCCACAAACAACUGCAGCAACAAAAGCAAUACACAUACAUUACUAACAACAACAUUAACGACAACAAUUGUUUGCAUAAACCAAGUUGGUAUGCCACCACCAUCAGUCCAACACUACCAGCUACACCAAUGACGACCAUUGACACUUUAUUAACUCCCUUAAAUACUGCCACAAAUGCACUACAAACCAAACAAACAACAGCAGCAACAAUAACAAAAACAAUAACGGAUUGUGAUAUUCAACGAAAAUCGAGAGUUAUCGUUGAUUCUUUGCAUAUGAAAUCAACACUUGCCACAAACAUUGCCACAACAAUGAUGACAUACCACAAACUGCCAACAUUUUUUAUUAUAUUCAUUUGUUUGUUUGCCACAACAGCAGCAGCAAAAUCAUCCUCAUCAUCGUCAGCAGCAUCAUUGUCGUCAUUUUCAUCACUUGCGGCACUUAAUAACUCCUCAAUACAGCAGCAAGAAUCACCUGUAGUUGCUGCUGUGUCAUCAUUAUCAUCAGCGUCGUCAUCAUCAUCCUCAUCGUUAACGCCUGACCUCACAGCCAAAUCUCUACCCAUGUUGGCCUCCACCAUUCCACAGUGUUCCCUUUCCGAAUACAGCUGUACAAAUGGUCGCUGUGUGCCUCUAAGUAAAUAUUGUAACAAUAUCAAUGACUGUGGCGACGGCAGUGAUGAACCACGAUUUUGCUCACGUUGUAAUCGUACUUAUUAUGGUGAUAUUGGUUUAACUUAUUCCUUGGAGUUGCAUCGUCCCAAACAGGAUCGUCUGCCUUAUGUAUGUGUUUUAACAUUUACCGCCGCGGGAGGCCAACAUGGUGAUGUUGUACAGGUGACUUUGGAUAGUUUUACUAUAGGACGUUUUACCUCUUAUACACAAGAUGGCUGCCCGGAUGGUUAUAUGCAAAUAGCUGAAUCAGCCCGUACACCCAUUGGCGGCAUGUGGUGUGGCACCUCAUGGGGACCAGUUUUAUUUUAUAGUGAAUCUCGUUCUUUGAUAUUUACCAUUAAAUUAAAUAAAUUAGCACGUGAUCAAAGCGGUUAUAAUUUUGAUUUUCGUAUAAGAUAUAAAGUUUUAUCCCGCGAUAGUUCUGUUACACGUUAUGGUGGUAUUAAAGUUGAAGAUCUCCAACAGUGGCAUAAUCGUAGCAGUUUCUUGCAUCAAAAUGCUGUAGACGAUUUCACCAAUACCAGCGGUGUACAUUCGGAUCGUUAUGGUCAGGAUUUUAGUUUAUUUAGUGCUUAUGCCAAUAAUAAAACAUUUUUAAAUUCUCUCAAUAAUCAAAUGACUAAGGAUGAACAUAAUUACACCGAACCCAAAUACUAUUUAGGUGAUUUAAUACCCGGUACCUAUUGUUCCCGCAUAUUUAGUGACUGUGAUAAGAAGGCCUGUCGUUUGCAAUCACCAAAUUAUCCUGGUAUAUAUCCAAGAAAUUUAACCUGUUACUAUGCCGUAAGACAGCACGAUGUACCCCAUGGUAAACAUGCGUUAAUUUUAGUCAAACAACCCAAAGGUAAUCUGGUAUGGAUUUCAACACAGGACACAACCAAUGUGAAGGUGGCACCCAGCACCAAUGAAAAGGAUAAGAAAUUUGAGCCAAGAUUGAAGACCUGGUCGGAUUGUGAUCACAUACAGGAAACAUCAAACUAUAGAAGGAAAUCGACGGACUACGUGACCGUAUAUGAUGGUUAUACAACGCGUGAUCCAAUUGUAUUGAAAUUCUGUGGUGGUGGUCAAGCUGUGCCCGCAGCAGUCUCUAGUGGUCCCGAAUUAUUGGUAGAGUUUACAACAUCACCAUAUGGUACAUUUACAGGAAGUUCAUCGCAAGUAUUGCCUUUGUAUGGUUUUCAGUUGGAGGUUGAGGUAAUAUUUGUGGAUAUACAAUCACCUACCUAUUCAAAAAAUAAGAAACCUUGUGAGUUUUGGAUUAGAGGUUCGGGACGUGGUAUCUUAGAGAAUCCUAAACAUUCUUUGGCCCCUAACACCACCUGUUUGUAUCAUUUACAAGGUGUGGGUAUUUUUAAGACUUUCGAUCAUUUAAGUCUUUCACGUCGUACCAAUGCCCAGGGUCUACAUCAUCCACCUUCACGAUUUAAGGUGUGGAUUUCUAUGUUGAAAUUUAAUUUAGAUCCAGAAUUUGGUAACAUUGAUGAAACGUCAGUGGGUGCUAUAGGUGUUCUGCAGACUCAGGAGGAUUGCAGUGGUAUGCUGCGCAUAUGGGAUGGUUCGAUGAGGGAGCCUCCCAUAUGCAAGGAUUUAAAUUGCAUGACUGAAACCAACCAAGUUCACCCUUCUCUACAACAAUAUUCCCACAAUACCACCAAUGUUAUUGCAAGAUAUUGCCGCGGUACAGUGCCUCGAACAUGUGAUCGAGCAAAUAUAAAUGAAACUUAUGCCCGACCUUGUACAGUUUCCGAAAGUUAUGUGUCGAGUGGAGAUUCUAUAACUUUAGAAUUGAAAAACACGGAAUCAACAGUCUUAAGACCCUUAGAAUUUAAACUAAAAUACGAAUUCAUCGAUUUACAUCAGGAUGGCUUACCCAUGGGUGGCGGAGAACUUGACUGCAAUCGUAAAUUCGUUAGUAAUCUAAUGGAUCGUAAAGAUCCUGCGAUAUUUCGCAGUGUACGCAAUAUAUUUCUAUUUGGUCGUGGUGGUACACGAAAUCUUAAGUGCGUCUAUAAAUUUGAAGGCAUGAGAAGUGAACGAGUUCGCAUAAAAUUACGCAAAGUCACCACCAUGAAUAGGCAUUGUAUGUCACGUGUGGAUGAGGAUAUAAAUAGGUCAUUCUGUUAUGGUGAUACCAGUGUUAAGGUUGAGAUAUUCGAACGUCCGUAUCAUGACACAAUAUUAUUGCCACGCGGUUGCCUUUGUAAUUCAUCGAACUCAUCACAUUUACCAGUUGAAUACACAUCGACAAGUAAUGAUGUUGAAGUUCAUUUUACUGCCUACAAUAUGACAACGUUGGAUGAUCCAGAUGCUUUGAAUUUUGAGGGAAUGUUUGAGUUUAUCAAAGGACCAUCGAAUUGUAAAGAUGGUCGUAGGAAAUUUGGUCCCAGCGGCACCAUCGAUAUGACAUUCGGAGAUAUGGAAUGUCGCACCCGCCCUUGGCUUAUUGAACCAUCGAAUGGUAAUAAAUUCUUGUACAUACGUUUGAAAGCGAUUUUCCUGCGUAAAUACAAUCCUAAAAAGGCCAUGAACACUACCAUAGUGGGUACAAGUUCAUAUCGUUGUGAAACUAAAGCCAGAGCUGUACUAACUACUGCAGAAGGUUUAACAAUCACAGCAUGCCCACUGGCACCUGAUUCAAAAGCCUAUGAAUAUGUGGAGAUUUUCAGUGCUGGCUGGAAUGAACGUCCUAAUUUUGCCAUUGCAAAUCGUUCAAAAGCCAUUAGUGUAGAGUUCCUAAGACCAGAGAAUGGUGACUUUUCAUUUAAUUGGAUGGAAUUGAUACCAGGACCAACACUCAGUAUAGCAGAAGAAUGCCAGUAUAAAUGCUCUGAGUUGAAUGCCUGUGUUAAUGUUAGUGUUUGGUGUGAUGGCAUACAACAUUGUCCCUCAGGUGAUGAUGAAACUUUCCUGCAAUGCUCGGCCAUUAUGAAAUUACCUACUGAAAUUUUGGCAACAUUGUGUUUGAUUAUUGUACUCUUCUGUUGUGCAUUUGCAGCGUUUGCCUACAAAAAAAUCAAAAGAAAAUUAAGAGGCUCAUCAGUUUUGCAGACACGUUUGAAAUCCUUAAGCUCCAUGGAUACAGCCGUUUUGGAUGAGAAAGAAGUGAUUUGCUGACAAAGCGACAAUUCUGUGCGAUAUGUGGAAAUAGAUCGGGUCACUACAGUCUGACCACAUUCUAUGGAAACACUUGAUAAAAUAUCGCACAGAAUUGUGCCUCUUGCUUGUAGACUGUUAUAAACUAAAUUACUAAAUAUAAAAAAAUAAUUAAAUACUUACUACUAAAUUACUACUAAUUAAUACUAAAUAAUAGUUAAUAAUACAAAAGUAACUAUAUAUUAUAAUUACCAUAAAACAAAUUUAUAAUUUAAACAAACUAACAGACCGUAAGACAUACACAAUUAAGUAAUUAAAAAUCUUACAAGACAAAACAAAACUAAUUAAUUAAUGACAUAAUACUUAAUAUUAAAAUUGAUUUAAAACAGACAACACUUGUUUUUAUGGCAACUUUUUAAUAAGAAAUCAAUGAAAAAGUAUAAAUUAUUUAAUUGAUUUAUGCUAAAGAAUGAAGAAAAAACUCAAACUCAAUCAAAAACAAAAAACCAAUAAACACUUUGUUAAAUCUCACACAUAUUUUCUACGUAAAUGAUACAAAAAAAUAUAUAAAUAUUAAAAAAAAUCAUACAUAUUAAUUUGUGAAUAGUUAAGUCUUUAACUUUAAUUAAGUAGUAACAGUUAUUUAAUUAAUUAUUAUUCUGCUCCUUUUAAAGGUUUUAGUUAUUUAAUUGGUUUUAUUCGAAAAUGAAAAGUAUUAAUCGAUAGACUAGACCAAAGUAAAAAGUAAAAGAAAUGCAAUGAUUGUGGGUAAUUUCUCUGGCCAUUAAUUAGUUAUAAACUAAACUAUUUAUAAUUGAAAAUAAAAAAGAUGAGAUUUUAAAGAUUAAAAAAAUUGAAACUGGGAUGUUUUACGCCAAUAAUAACCUAUUAAGAAAGAUAUUGAAGAAUGAUUCUCAACGACUGAACUUCGUUCGGAAGAAUUCUUUGAAUAUCGGUACUAUUAGUCCUUAAUAAUUAACAAACCUCCAAACAGGUAUCAGGAUCCAGCUCUUAAUGAAGGACCCUCUUUAUCUAAGAAGACCUCAUUUUGCUUAAAACGUCUUAUGAGUCUAUUUAAGUAAGUUUGGGUUGAAAGAAGCCUACUACUUACAUAUGAUCCAAAAAAAACUCUACGUUUAAAGGACAAUUUUCUUCGAAGGACUCGAUUUUAAGGGUGUAGUUCCUAAGUAAUUUGUAUCAAAUUUAGACGAAAUGUUGACAAUGACAAAUAAGUUGUUACAGCAUUUUCAUGUCAUUUCCACUCUGCUCGUUCGACUUACUUAUUCUCAGGAUUCUUCUUUCUGUUUCUGUGCCAACCAAUAUAAACUUUAUGAUCUAAAGUAGGAUGCUACUGCAUACUUCAUAAGAUUCUUGGUCCGGAUCCGACAUUUUCUACGUUAUAUGUACAAUUUUCUUCAAAAGACAUGUUUGCAAAAUCAGAACUUAGAAAUUUCCGAGGAAAGUAAUCUCUCCACAUGCUCUCCAGUCGUCAGAAUUCGCUCAUUCAAUUAGUCAAAUCAGCGUCUUGAUAUCCUCAAACAUUUUCUUUUUAGAAUUCUCCCUACUGUUCUAGUGUUCCAAGAGAAAAUGUGGAAUCCUCCAUCAGUUGCUGAUCUUCGAAGUGUAUUUGCAUUUUCAGGCAACCCGGAUAUAAUCGGGUAUUUCCGUUCCAACAAAUUGAUAAAUGUAGAAAUAAAGUCAUUCCUAGGGAUAAUCAUAACUAAAACCGGAGAAAAUCCUUGAUUUAAUUCCUAGAAAUAACCGAUAUAAAUGCGAAUAUGGGUUGUCUUGUAAAGUUGCACUGGCGAAAAAGUUUCACAUCAUACUUUUCCCAUAAUUCUGGUCCAACAAAUAAGUAACUAUAGAUAAGAAAUCUUUCCAAGGGACAAUCACUACAAGAACAAAUUGAAAUGUCAUCAAGGGAAAAUCAUUGAUUUGAUCUGUAGAAGAUUGGUUGUAUGUAACGAAAUUGAAAGCGGAUCUUACAAUGUUGCAAUGAUGAAAAAUUUCACAUCAUACUCCUCCAAAGUUAUAUAUCAACAACUUUGGCAAAGUGUUUCUCCUCUUGUAAACUACCAGCCUAUUGUUAUAGAUUUAGAACCGUCAACAUAUUAACAAAGAACUUACAAGGAAACAUUCAGUGAAAGACAUUUGAUCCGAUGAAAUGGUUAGAUGACAAUUCGAUCCCUAACUACUCAGCAGUUCGUCAAAGAAUCAAUGUAUUUGAAAAAGACAGCGAUUUCCACUUGAUUGGUUCUAUUUCGUCUUUGUAAACGAGGUUAAAGACAAUUGUGUCUUUAGUGUCCGCUUUGUAAGUGGACACUUAAAAAACAAACUUCCUAUGACUUCCUAGUAGGACAUGUGCACAUAGAAUAAAUGGUAGUUCAGGAUGGUCCGACUGUACUGAUGGGUAUUUGCUACAAAUUAAUAGCGAUUGAAUAUCGAGAAUGCUGCAUUAAUGCCACAAAUUACAAAUAGGAAAAUAUGCCUUCGAGAAGCUCCAAGCCUUCUACCAAAUAUGAAUGGCAAAAUUGGCUAUAGUUGAAGAAAUAAAAAACCAAUCUUAAAGACAGGAAUCAGGUCUGAGAUUUAGACUGCUAUGAAGUCUCUAAAAUUGUCUUGUUAAGACGACAUGACAAACAGAAAUGUUUGCAGAAACUGGUGUUCACUAUGUCCCAUGAUCGAAUUUUGCAGCCAAAUAUGUUCAAGGUUCAAACUUUGUUUCAUGUUCAUGGGAUAUACUAAAGAUCACUAUUUUUAUUAAGAGUUUAUAAAGUGACAUCUUAAGUAAGUAUCUUCAAAUAAGUAUUCUCAAAGAACGUUCUAAACAAUUCUUUUAAAUCUCAUCUCUAAAUAUUUCAUAACUCCUUAACAAAUCAAAACUAUAAAAUUAACAAACAUGUAUUCAAGAAACUAUUAUUUAAAAAAAAACUAAAACUAAAAAUUAAAUAAAAUUAAGUGAGUUAAUUAAAAAUAAUUUUCAAGCAUUCAUUAUGCG